CCUUUUUUUAAGUUUUUCAUUCUGGCACCUCUUCCGGGGGGCUCCUCGCCCGAGGAAGCGGAUGCUUGUGCCAAGACUGAGUAAGUUGCUAUGGGAUGCUGGUUUCUUCUUCUUUCUCACCCCCUUUUCCCGAUUGCCUGAUAUUUGCCCAAUGUUUGCCCCCUCCCGUAUGUCACCCAGACGUAAGAGACACCUCACCCGCCUCGGCAUCAUCUCAUCUCAAGUGCAACCAUUACACACCAACACAUACGUCCUCCCACACUGCGACACCGACCCCGGACUGUUCAUCCUUCGACGCAGGCUUCCCCGCAGCGAGCCGAUGGGUCGUGGAGAAGGUGGAGCGUAGCGUGUCCUUGGGCCCGGACGACUGAGAGCAGGCUAGGGCGGUGUUUUCUUUUUCGACUUGAC